UUACCCUCUUCCCUUACUCUCUCCGUUCACUUUAUUUCUAUAUUUAUUUGGUGGCUGUUCAUGGCGAAGCAGGGAUCUGUAUUUUUGAAAUUUCGUCAGUUCGAUGCCUAUGCAAAGACAUUAGAUGACUUUCGUGUCAAAACAACAACAGGAGCCACAGUCACCAUUAUUAGCAUUUUACUGAUAGGAUACCUUGUCAUUUCCGAAAUCCUGACAUAUACAACACCUACUUGGCGACCAAGUCUUAUUGUGGAUAAAGGACGAAAAGAAAAACUCACCAUCAACUUCAAUGUGACCUUUCCUCAUAUGCCUUGUCAUAUGUUGAGUUUGGAUGUCAUGGAUGAUUCUGGUGAACAUCUUUCUGGACUUACACAUAAUGUUUAUAAGGUACGAUUAGAUGCCAUGGGUCAAAUCAUUGAUACAGAAAAAGAAUACCAAUUGGGUGACAAAACUCAUGUAUUACAACAAGCAUUACAAGCAAAGGAUGAAUGUGGAAGUUGUUAUGGUGCGGUAUCUGUACGAGAAGAUGGAUGUUGUCCUACAUGUGGGGAUGUACGUGAAGCUUAUGUCAAGAUGGGCUGGGGACUUGGUGAUACGGAUAAAAUUGAACAAUGUGUACGUGAAAAUUGGAAAGAAUUAUUUGAACAUCACUCCAAUGAAGGUUGUAAUCUGAAUGGACGACUAUCAGUGAACAAGAUUCGUGGCAAUUUCCAUAUUGCUCCUGGUCAAGCAUUUACAAAUGAUCAUAUGCAUCUUCAUGAUAUUCAAUCCUUCUUGGCUGGUGCUCCUGAUGGUCACUCUUUUGAUUUAUCUCAUCAAAUUCAUCAACUCAAAUUUGGUCCUAUUGAGACUGGUGAUAUUCCUGAAUCCCUUUUGACAAUCACUAAUCCUUUGGGUGGAACAACAAAAAUAACUGAUCAAGUACAAACUAGCUACCAAUACUUUUUGAAAAUUGUCUCAACUGAAUUGAUACCCUUGCGAGGCAACUCUAUUUACACUAAUCAAUAUUCAUUUACUUCUGAAGAACGUGUCCUUGCUCCUUACUCUGGAGAUCUUCCUGGUGUGUUUUUCAUGAUGGAUAUAUCACCAAUGCAAAUCAUUUACCGGGAAAAUCAACCAUCACUUAUUAGUCUUAUCACAAGUCUUGUUGGUAUUAUAGGUGGCAUCUUUACUGUUGCAGGCUUGGUAGAUAGUGUGGUCUAUCGAGCCGAACGAUCAUUCAAACGCAAAGUAGAACUAGGAAAAGCACUAUAAUAUAUAUAUAUAUAUAUCAUAUCUAUUCUCGUCUAUCAAAUAAAAUAAAAUAAACCUAUUUGAAUUCCUUUUGUCAAUAUC